AGUGCCAAUACCAUCGCUCACAUAUUAAACAGUAAACUGUCGGAUGUAGCUACGUGUUACUACUUAAAUUUUUACAGGAAACAAAGAAACUGUAUUAACCAUGUAGGUUAUCGUUAUUAACAACAGUCAAAACCCAAUAAUCUGUAUCAGCAUUGGAUGUACUGAAUAUUGUUAUAAGUUUGUACAUCCAUCUACCAGCCACGGAAUAAGUAAGUAUAUACUUGGCUGAAACCUCGACCUCAAAAAAGGAAAGUUCACGCUUUCACAGGCCACGCGCCAUCUGGAUAGUGCCUCUAUAAGAGUGGAUACGACAUUCUUAUAUCAUGUUAUUACGGUAAAUGAAUCUAGAUGUAGUAAAGAUGGGAGAUUUCUUAGCAAAUGUUGCUAAUUUGAAUAAGUCUAUUAACGCAAAAAGCAAUGUAACCCAUUCAAAAGUCUCCAAUCACGUGAAAGAAAAGUUUGUUGCCCAAAAAAUAAUAAACAUGAGUAGCCCCGACUUUAAAAAGGCUACUCCUUGUCUCAAGUUGCCUUCAAUAUUAUCACCAGACAUUAAGAAAAAUGUAGAAAUGUCUGAAGAGAUCAAACAAAAGUUCAAAAAAUACUGUCGUGUCUGUGCAGGAAUGAAAGUUCCAAUGAUUGACUUUUUCAGUGCAAAAGGUAAUCAAAUGAGAUUACUUCAGCAAAUACAACAUCUGGAGGAUAUUAACAAAGAUACUAGUUUAUCUACUCAAAUAUGUAUGGAGUGCAUCUGUGAAAUACGAGCAAGUUACAAGCUUUUUAUGCAAAUUAAAAAGGCUGAAAUGAAAUUGCAGUCCAUUUAUGAUUCACUCAAUAAAGUCUCAAAAGAGACGGAUAUUCAUGUUAAGAGUGAAGUUGAGUCUGACACAUCUGACUCACCAAGGAAACUGGAAAAUAUUGAAUCAAAUAUUAGUUAUGAUAGCCAAUCUUUCAAAAUGGAAAUGUUUGAAGAAACAGAUUAUGAAGAGCAUUAUGAUGAAGUUGACGAUACUUUUAAUGAAGGAGAUGAAGCUAUUUUUGAAGAAUUUGAUCCUAUUGACAUUUCUGAUGAACAAAAAUUCAAUGAACCGUCUUCGUCUAAUGAAAUUUCUUACAAAUUUGAUGAUUUAGUUAAUUCAUACACAAAAAUUGAUACAGAGGAAAAAAAUCAGUUUCUAGUUGUUCCAAAAACGAAGGAAACAGAUAACACUAUAAAAGUUGAAGAUUUUUCUUCACCUCCCAAUCAUUCACCUAAAAGGCCUAAUAUACUGAAGAGAAAGGCAAUAACGGAACACAUGAAUGAUGGUGAUCCUAAUAAAUGUAAAAAUAUAGAUACCACAAAAUUAAACAUGGAUUUAAGAGUGAAAAUUCCAAGACUCAAUUUAGAUAAGCCAAUCAAUGUAGACUCAAAAAAAGGAGACAUUAUUUACGUUACUGCAAAGGGUAAUAAACCUAAUGAAAUGCUUUUAAUUAAAGUAAAAAAAAUUGAAAAAAAUGAAAAGUCAGUAAAGCCUACUUCGAAUGUCGGUAAACCAAGUAAAAACGACAUUGAUGAACAAAUAGAGCUGUAUAAAAAAAGGAAAGCAGCGAUUAUGGGUGAUGUCUCCAAUUUGUCAGACAGUGUCAUCGAAAAUACAGAAGUAAGAAAAGGAAAGUACUUCUCAGACGAUGAAGAUAUCCCUAGCAACAUGAAGAAUUAUUUUACACAAAAGCGGCAUGAAGAUUCUAUGCCAACUUUAUCAGAUUCAUCCCAAGAUAUCAAACUUAAGCUAAAGUAUCCAGAUAUUGGAAAAAAAGCCUAUGACAAGGAUGUGUCGGAAGAAUGCAUCAAUAGAUUGAAGUCGAUCUUAGGUCAAAAGGAUGAGUACAUUAGUGAUUUCAUUAGCCAUUUGAGGCAACGCAAAAUCAUUAUAUCUCGUUUAAAAGAUGAGGACGUAAUCGCCCUGUACGAAGCAAAAAACAACGUUGUCAUCCAAAAGCCACAUAUUCCCGAAGAAGAGCCAGAAGAGGAUAAUACCGAUCCCUUUGAACCUCAGGAAAGUUUUGACUGCGACUUUUGCUUCGAAAGCUUCAAAUCUCUUGAGCUGGAAUUCGCGCACGAAAAGAAUCAUGAAGUAAAACUGAUGCAUUACUGUUUUGACUGCGAGACGGAGUUUAUCUCGUACAAAGCAAAACGAGCUCACAACGCGACGUGCAUUCACAAAGUUUUGUGCAGGUUUUGCGAAAUGGUGCUUGAUACCAAGGGAAAAAAACGCCAGCACGAACAGAAGCACUGCGACGAUGAGUAUGGACAGCUGUGCGACAGAUGCGGCGAGAAGUUCAAACAUCAAGGCACCCUAGAUCAGCACUUGAAAAUCAAGCACAUGAAGCUUGAAAAGGUCUUCAAGUGUCCGCAGUGUCCGAAAAAAUUUGCCUUCAGGACGAAACUGACCUUUCACCUAAAAACUGUGCACACGACUAGCCGCGCUUAUCUCUGCGAGGACUGUGGUUCGAACUUCAAGAACCCGGCGAGCUUGCGGCACCACAGGGUACGCAAGCAUCAGAUAUCAAACAACACGAAAGAGUGCAAAGAGUGCCACAAGAUGAUACUAGUGUAUAGCAUGUCCAAGCACAUGAGCACUCACAAAUCGUACAGCAUUCAGUGCGAGCACUGCGACAAAAAGUUCAAAAACACCUCGACGUUGAAGCAACACAUGCGGAUUCACGAGGACCAGAGGCAAUACAAGUGUGAUCACUGUGGUGUCGGCUUCAACCGCAGAGACGGCCUUAGGCUGCAUCUAAGGGUUCACGAGAAGGGCGAAAAUAGCAAAGGAAUCAAGGAGUGCUCGUGCCAGGUUUGCGGACGAAAGUUCCCGAAUCACUCGACACUAGUCAUCCAUCGAAACCGCGAUCACCGGGACGGCCGCAAUUACACUUGUAACAUUUGCAACAGGUCGAUGGUUUCGAUCCGAUCGCUGGAGUGGCACAUGACGCACAUACACAACGAAUCGUAUCCGAUAACGGAUAGCUCGGGCAUCGACGCCGAGACGAAGCGAAUCAUGUGCAAGCACUGCGACAAAACCUUCAAGACCGAGAUGAUCCUGCGCAAUCACGUGAAAAACACUCACAUCGAGAAGGAGCCCAUGAACUGUCUUGACUGUAAUCUGACGUUCACCUCCGAGGUGCGCCUAAAGCACCACAUGAUGAUUACCCACAAUCGGAUGGAGGGCACCUUGGGCUGUCCUCACUGCACCAAACGUUUCGUCAACCACUUGAGACUCAAGACCCACAUGAUAUCGCAUUCGGAGGAACGACCCUUCACCUGUGACGAUUGCGGCUUCAUGCUCAAGACGAAGAUUCAGUUGGUCAAGCACAAGCAGAACCGCCACAGUAACGAGCGUCCGCUCCAGUGCAAGUACUGUCCACAUACUUGCAAGCAAGUCAGUGCUCUGGUGUGCCAUGAGCGGACCCACACGAAUGAAAGACCUUACGCCUGCAGUGUUUGCCAGCAGAAGUUCAAGUAUCUCGGGGAUAGGAACAAACACGAGCGAAGGCACGAAUCUCUCGGUGGUUCUGGAUUCAAGAGGAUCAUUACGAGUAGGGAUAGUACUGGUGGUACGUCGAGAAAGAGGAACAGGAAAAAGAAAAAUCCGCUGCUCGUUGAGUUUGCCGAGCAAGGAGAUCAUUUCGAGGUUGUCAGCGAAGAGUACAUUGACGAAAAUGGAGUCGUGAGCAUUGAGUCCUUCGACCCGUCGUCAGAGAAUGCCAAACUGGACGGAGAAUCGACAGCUUCAAAUUCAAGAGUCUCCUUUGAGCAGGUUUACGUGGAUAACUUAGCUUUAACAGCUAGUAAUGACGAAGUGGCUACCAGAGAUGAAGACGUGGAAAAUCAGAUGGAGACGCAAAUGAUGUCCCAAUUGCCGCCUGUAACUGUCAUUCAAAUUGAAGAACAAGACGAAGCAGGAAAUGUUACUAUAGUACCGUAUACCUUAGUGGACAAUCUAUCAAGUCGUACGUCUGAUAUGCAAGUUAACGUACCUUCCACCUUGAUGUUACAGCGAUUGACGAACACGUCACUUCGCAAAAGUUAAUCGAUCGCUACUGCGUAGUGAAUUUAACAUUUACUGUAUAUGACAAUUGAUUAACAUGCUCUUUCUUACUUUCUGUGCAUUACAAAAUGAGAAGCGGAUUUAUUCGUUGUUUUUAAUAUACUUUAAGUGUGUGAAGUACGAUAAAUUAAAACUAUUUCGUUUUAUUCUGAAAAGUAUGAGACAAGAGCAAUCGAGUGAUAAAUUUUAAUAACUUAAAACUGUCCUUAUAAAUAAAAUCAUGUAAAGUAAAAUAGGAUUGAAAAGAUUGAUGAGUUAGAUGACUAUUAAGUAUACGAAAUAAUGUCGUAUCUUUCACAGAACAAAGUUUUUUUUGAUAAAUUAUAUAUACUUGGUUUAGCAAGUACUAGUUUUCACAAAAUAUCAUUAAAUGAAAAUUAUGAUAUUCAGGUUCCAGUUGUGUGAGAAAAUAAUAAAACAACACUUUAUGAGCAUGAAAUUUACAUUUAGAAAUUCAUGUAUUAUGUACAAUAACUGAUGAUUGUAAUAAAGAUUUAAAAAUACUUA